AGAAUGACGUUUUGCUUAUAUAAUCUCAGACCAGAUUUAUUUAUGCUUUCGACUUGCUGACAUAACAAGGAAGGAUCAAGACCGUUCGAUUCAAUAUUUACAGUUCGACCAUGUUUCUUAAAAUAAUUGUGGCGUUCUUGGCGGUGAUUUUGACCGUGUCGAGCGCUGGGCUGGUCGGAGGACCAACGGAUGCGGAUAUGGACAAAGAUUCUCAGAGUGCGCUACAGUUCGCAAUGGCCCAGUACAACAGACAAAGCAAUGAUGCGUAUGUGAGAGGUGUUUCCAAAGUCACCAAGCUCCAAAAACAAGUUGUUGCUGGGAUUAAAUACAUCUUCACCGUGGAUGUGGCCAGAACCACUUGCAGAAAGGGUGGAGUUGAGGAGCUGUGUGCUAUUCAUGAGAACCCAGAAAUAGCACAGGUCAAGGAAUGCAAAAUAGUGGUCUGGACCAAGCUAUGGGAGAACUUUAUUAAGGUCACUGAAAACUCCUGCCUGUAGAGAAUGCUCCUGUUGCAGUUUGAAGCUUUUCGACACUCUAAGAGCAAUAUAACUCCUUAAUAUUGCUUAAUUUCUUAAUUAAUUUCUUAAUUGAUUAAAUUAUUUACUAUCGAUACAAUAGGAAUAUAUAUAUAGUUGAAGUCAAAAUAUUUUUUUCUUUAAAAAUAUUUCCCAAGUGUUGUUUAAUAAAGAUAAGAUUUUUCUCAACACAUUUUUAAACCCAAAAAAGGUUUUAAAAAUAGUUUUAAAAUGUUUUAAUGAUUAAAAUUAUUUUAAUAACUUAUUAUUUUGUCUUUACCAUGAUGACAGUAUUUACUAGUUACUAGUUAUUUUACUGGAAACUAAUAUUCAGUUUAAAGUGCAAUUUAAAGACUUAACUAGGUUAAUCAGAUUAACUAAGUUAGGUUAUUUAGCCAAGCUAUUGGAUGACUGUGGUUUGUUCUGUAGUCAACUGAAUAAAUAUAUAUAUAUAUAUUUCUUUGGGGGCUAAUAAUAUUAUCCUUAAAAAAAGUUUAUAAAAAUGUAUUUCAGCUAAACUAAAAGAAAUAAGAUAUUCCCCAGAAGAAACAGGAACUACUGUGAAAAAUGAAUUGGUCUGUUAAACAUUACUUGGAAAAAUAUUUGAAAAAUAAUAGAAAUUUCACAAGAGGGCUAAUGAUUUCGACUUCAACUGUGUAUAUAAAUGCUUCACUAACACAUAAAUGUGCAAUCUCAUAAAUGUGUAAUGCUCUGAAAGAUCUACAAUUUGUAAGAAAUUCUAAAUAAUAAGCCGCAUGGUUUUAUUUUUGUUCAUCCUUUGCUAAAUAAAAGAUGGUUGAACAAGUC